CAGACCUUCCGCGCGGGCGAUGGGGCUGCUGAGCAUCCUGAAGAAGAUGCGGCAGAAGGAGCGGGAGUUGCGCCUGCUUAUGCUAGGCCUGGACAAUGCUGGCAAAACCACCAUCCUGAAGAAGUUCAACGGGGACGAGAUCGACACCAUCUCACCCACACUGGGCUUCAACAUCAAGACCCUGGAGCAUCGCGGGUUCAAGCUGAACAUCUGGGACGUGGGGGGGCAGAAGUCCCUUCGCUCCUACUGGCGCAACUAUUUCGAGAGCACGGACGGGCUCAUCUGGGUGGUGGACAGCGCUGACCACCAGCGGCUGGACGACUGCAGGCAGGAGUUGCAGACGCUCCUGGUGGAGGAGCGUUUGGCUGGGGCCACGCUUCUCAUCUUCGCCAACAAGCAGGACCUGCCAGGAGCAUUAAGUCCCAGUGCCAUCCAGGAGGCCCUGGAUCUUGACAGCAUCCAGACGCACCACUGGUGCAUCCGCGGCUGCAGCGCUUACACCGGGGAGAAUCUGCUGGCGGGCGUCGACUGGCUGCUGGACGACAUCUCGAGCCGGAUAUUCACCGCGGACUGAGAGGAUCCAGAGACUGCAUUUUGCCCAAUGCUUAAAGGCCCACCUUUGGCCCUGCAUCUGGGGCCGAACGAAGCAACUUCUGGUGCAAAAAUCAGCGCCUGCAUCUCCAUCCGGGGUGGCCCGUGGCAUUGAUCCUGCUGCAGGGGUUGGGGGGAAAGCCGUGGGUAGCUUCCUCCCCUCUGCUUCCCCGCGUGGGAUUGUAUUAAAAGCAGACUAAUAAAGCU